AUGCCCAUCGACCGAACCCACUACGAACUCUGGCUGGCACAAUGCACAACAAAAGCCCCAACCCAACCAACCCACUGGAUAAUCCUAAUGGUGCACCCCGGCAACGACCGGUGUAUCUGGUGCCACUCUGUAAACGAGUCCGGCCACGAAGGAGGCUACGAAAUGCUAAUCGAACCAAACAAGCGCGUUGACAGCUGGAGCUUUGAACACAAGUUCUUCCUUGGCGUGUUCCCUACCGCGCUAGGUGCCGUGGUGAGUCGGGAGGCAUGCAAGGUUCCGCCGCAGAAUUGUCAGUACUGGGUAGCGUAUGUUGUUAUGAGGCUUGGGAGGGUGGGGUUGGUUUCUGGGGAUUUGUAUGGGUGGUUGAUUGGGGAGGUUAGGGAGAGAUGGGGGGAUGAGGGGCCGGGGGAUUUGCGGUAUUAA